AUGACGGGCAGCGCAAGAGCAGGAGCGAGCACCCGGGCUCGUGCAAGAGGCUGGUGGCAGAGCAGCCCGAUGCGCCCGUUCCUGGUCUGUGGCCAGGAGCAGUUUUUUGGCCAAAGUCAAUGCAUGCAGAUUUACUUCUACAAUCCUGAUGACUUUGACAGUUUUGGAACAGCGGUUCUAGAAAACAGGGUAGUAGGAGCCAUGGCCGUGUUUUUUCAAGUCAGUCAGAGGGACAAUCCCGCGCUGGAUCCCAUUAUCCAUGGGUUGAAGGGCGUCGUGCAUCAUGAGAAGGAGACCUUUCUGGAUCCCUUUGUGCUGAGAGACCUUCUGCCAACGUCGCUGGGGAGUUACUACCGCUACGCCGGUUCCCUGACAACUCCCCCGUGCAGCGAGAUCGUGGAGUGGAUAGUUUUUCGGAAACCUGUUCCUAUUUCUUACCAUCAGCUGGAGGCAUUCUAUUCCAUAUUUACCACCGAACAGCAAGACCACGUCAAGUCCGUGGAGUAUUUGAGGAACAACUUCCGACCGCAGCAAAGCCUGAACAACAGGAAGGUGUCGAAGUCUGCUGUGAAGGAUGCUUGGAGCCAAGAUAUGACAGACAUCUUGGAAAACCCGCUCGGUACAGAAGCUUCCAAAGCUUGUAGCACUCCUCCGGUCAACAUGAAAGUGCAGCCUGUGAACAGAACAGCAUUGCUUGUAACAUGGAACCAACCAGAAACCGUCUACCACCCUCCUAUCAUGAACUACAUGAUCUCCUACAGUUGGACUAAAAACGAAGAUGAAAAGGAGAAGACUUUCACCAAGGACAGUGACAAGGAUCUGAAGGCCAUCAUUAGCCAUGUCUCACCUGACAUCCUUUAUCUGUUCAGAGUUCAAGCAGUUUGCCGAAAUGAAAUGCGUAGUGACUUUAGCCAGACAAUGCUCUUUCAAGCUAACACGACUCGAAUUUUCGAGGGGACCAGAAUUGUGAAAACAGGAGUGCCCACCGCCUCGCCAGCCUCCUCAGCCGACAUGGCGCCCAUCAGCUCUGGCUCUUCCACCUGGACCUCUGCCGGCCUCCCCUUCUCCUUUGUGUCCAUGGCCACAGGGAUGGGGCCUUCCUCCAGUGGCAGCCAGGCCACCGUGGCCUCGGUAGUGACCAGCACCUUGCUGGCGGGGCUGGGCUUUAGUGGCGGCGGCAUCUCCUCCUUCCCCAGCAGCGUGUGGCCCACCCGCCUUCCCUCGGCGGCGGCCCCCAGCAAGCAGCCGGGCCGGCCGGUGGUGGCCACCACCGAGGCCGCGUCUUCGCCAGGGCCGGAGCGGGACGCAGCGCUGACCAAGGACGGCGAGGGAGCGGAGGAGGGAGAAAAGGACGAAAAGAGCGAAAGUGAGGAUGGCGAGAGGGAGCAUGAGGAAGAGGAAGAAAAGGAUGCAGAGAAGAAGGAGAAGAGCAGAGCGACCGAGGCCGCCGCAGACGUGCGAAAUAGCACAGAGCCCCCACAAGCCACUGGUGCCCCCAAUAGGACUGCCGGGGAGGAAGGAAAUAAAACCAUAUCGGGUCACGAGCGAAGCCAAAACUUUACCCCAACAGAUGGACGUCCCAUGGAGGAGACUUCUGCAGCAGCAGAGCCUCAGCCCCCACCUCUCCCCUCCACCCAAGUGCCACCAACAUUCACCGAUGAACUUUACCUGGGCAAGAGCCCAAGGAAACCAGAGACAACGAGAAAACCUUUUCCAAAGGAGGACCGCUUUCCAGAGGAAUACCCCUCAGAUAACAAAUUUAUCACCAUCAACCCAGCUGACAAGAACAGCUCCAGCAUGGCCACGAGACCUUCUCCUGGUAAAAUGGAAUGGAUCAUCCCGCUUAUUGUGGUCUCAGCACUGACCUUCGUGUGCCUCAUUCUUCUCAUUGCUGUGCUUGUUUACUGGAGAAAGUGUUUUCAGACUGCUCAUUUCUAUGUGGAAGACAGCAGCUCACCCCGCGUGGUCCCCAAUGAAAGUAUUCCCAUUAUACCUAUUCCAGAUGAUAUGGAAGCAAUUCCAGUCAAGCAGUUCGUUAAACACAUCAGUGAGCUGUAUUCUAAUAACCAGCAUGGGUUCUCAGAAGACUUUGAGGAAGUGCAGCGCUGUACAGCCGACAUGAACAUCACUGCGGAGCACUCCAACCACCCCGACAACAAGCACAAGAACAGAUACAUCAACAUCCUUGCGUAUGAUCACAGUAGGGUGAAGCUAAGGCCUUUACCAGGAAAAGAUUCCAAGCACAGUGACUACAUUAAUGCUAAUUAUGUUGAUGGUUACAACAAAGCAAAAGCCUACAUUGCUACCCAGGGACCUUUAAAGUCUACAUUUGAAGACUUUUGGAGGAUGAUUUGGGAACAAAAUACUGGAAUCAUUGUCAUGAUCACAAACCUUGUUGAAAAAGGAAGGAGGAAAUGCGAUCAGUACUGGCCAUCAGAGAACAGCGAGGAGUACGGCAACAUUAUAGUCACGCUGAAGAGCACAAACAUUCAUGCCUGCUACACUGCGCCGCUUCACAGUCAGGAACACAAAGAUGAAAAAGGGUCAGAAAGGAAACCCAAAGGGCGGCAGAAUGAGAGAACGGUUAUUCAGUAUCACUACACUCAGUGGCCUGACAUGGGUGUGCCGGAGUAUGCUCUGCCUGUGCUAACCUUCGUUCGGAGAUCCUCUGCAGCCAGAACCCCGGACAUGGGACCAGUGGUUGUGCACUGCAGUGCUGGUGUUGGCAGAACUGGUACCUAUAUUGUGAUAGACAGUAUGCUGCAACAGAUAAAAGACAAAAGCACAGUUAAUGUCCUGGGUUUCCUGAAACACAUCAGGACACAGCGCAACUACCUCGUCCAGACAGAGGAGCAGUACAUUUUUAUUCAUGAUGCCUUGUUGGAAGCCAUCCUUGGGAAGGAGACUGAAGUAUCUGCAAACCAGCUGCACAGUUAUGUUAACAGCAUCCUCAUACCUGGCAUAGGAGGGAAGACGCGACUAGAAAAACAGUUCAAGCUGGUUACACAGUGUAAUGCAAAAUACGUAGAAUGCUUCAGUGCUCAGAAAGACUGCAACAAAGAGAAGAACAGGAACUCAUCAGUCGUGCCAUCUGAGCGUGCUAGAGUGGGCUUGGCACCACUGCCUGGAAUGAAGGGAACUGAUUACAUUAAUGCCUCUUAUAUCAUGGGCUACUACAGGAGUAACGAGUUCAUCAUAACCCAACAUCCGCUGCCACAUACGACUAAAGAUUUCUGGCGAAUGAUUUGGGAUCACAACGCACAAAUCAUCGUCAUGUUGCCAGACCACCAGAGCCUGGCAGAAGAUGAGUUUGUGUACUGGCCAAGUCGUGAGGAAUCCAUGAACUGUGAGGCCUUUACUGUGACCCUUAUCAGCAAAGACAGACUGUGCCUCUCUAAUGAAGAGCAAAUUAUUAUCCAUGACUUUAUCCUUGAAGCUACCCAGGAUGACUACGUUCUGGAAGUCCGCCACUUUCAGUGUCCUAAAUGGCCAAACCCAGAUGCUCCUAUAAGCAGUACCUUUGAACUUAUUAAUGUAAUCAAGGAAGAGGCCUUAACAAGGGAUGGCCCCACCAUAGUUCAUGAUGAGUAUGGAGCUGUGUCGGCAGGAACGCUGUGUGCCCUUACCACUCUGUCCCAGCAGCUGGAGAAUGAAAAUGCUGUCGAUGUUUUCCAGGUGGCAAAGAUGAUAAAUCUUAUGCGGCCUGGAGUAUUUACAGACAUUGAACAGUACCAGUUUCUUUAUAAGGCAAUGCUAAGCUUGGUCAGCACUAAGGAAAAUGGAAACGGUCCCAUGACACUGGACAAAAACGGUGCUGUGAUGGCCAGUGAUGAAUCGGAUCCCGCGGAAAGCAUGGAGUCUCUUGUCUAAUUGGAAACCUGAAAAGGCACUUAAUUUGUAGAACUUCUGAAGACUGAGUGAACUUUUUUGAGGCCUUUUUUGCCAGACUCUAGGUUAUACAAUAACCCAAUUACUUUUUUACACUGAUAAAAGUUUUGAUAUUUAUUUUUUGCCAUUUUAUGUCUUAAUGGUAUCCUACUGAGCAUUUGCACCUCUGUUUAUUUCACACAGUGAAACGCAAUUUUAUCUAGUUUGCACUAUAUGAUCAGUGUUACUGCCUAUAAUAAUCUAAUACAAAACAAGCCCUGAUGUGACAUUCCAUGACAACAAACAUACGCUUUUUUGUUUUGUUUAAAUGCGGUGAAGUUUUGCUAACUACAGUGACCCUCAAAUCUUAGAUCUUGAAUGCUAGGCCAGGUGGAUUCUUUCUAUGACAGAUACUGUACCAUACCUUCGUACCAUAUUUAUUAUUUUAAUGGUCAUGUCACAGUUUCGGUAACUGUAUUCUGUAUUCCAGAGGAGUGGAGGAGCAAAGUUCAUCCUUUCUUGACAAAAUGUGGCAGGUGAUUUUUAGCUACAGUGAAGGGGUAACAGCCUUGUGGAGCUGAAGCGAUUGUUUCUGUAUUGUUUCAAAUUACUGUUUUGUACACUUACAGGCCUAAGACUUGCUUCACAUGGAAUAUAUAGAUUACAUACAAUAUCAAUAUAAAUUAGAUGCAAUUCAUGUGUGGGACACAUUCACAGGUGUCAAAUUUACAGCUGCAAAGUUUCCCCGGUGAUUCAGGAAAAAUGUCAGUUUUAGUUUUUGAGCAGCCCUGUGGUGAGAAAGUGCUUGGUUUUUAUUUUCGUCAGAGCCAAUACAGUGAGAAAUCUACUACAAUCCAAAAUCAGACCUAUUUUCAGAUAUAUUGACGGUAGCAAUAUUUUACAUUACUAAGCUAUUCAAUAUUUUAAACACAUUAAUUUCCUUACUAUUUCUUGAAUAUGACCUCACACCUAAUGGUAUGUUUCAUGAUGACAGGCGUUUCUUAAUUUCAUAACUGUUAGAUGCCAUUUUUACAGGUGUGUAAUUUUCAUACUUUAGUGCUAAAACAUAAAGUACUGAUCCAUAUUUACUGGUGAAGCAAACUAAUAAAAAAACUACCUAUAAAGUUACAUUCUCCCUCUUUUUUUUGCCAAACUAAUUGUUUAGCACAAACAUAUUUAUUCUGUUUUGCCUUCCACACCAAUGAUAUGGUUUUCCCCAGAUAGUAUCUGAUAAUUCAGUUAUUGUUUGGAGCAUUUAAGCAUACAUCCUCAUUGGCUCCCUUUUCCUUUGUAUUUGGUCAGAGUUCAACAAAGUCCAUCCCUGUUUAACAAAAGAAGUAAGCACGUACUUAACUCUCCUGAGAGUUAAGGCUAAUUGUGUCCUUCAUAGCUCUGCUGAAUAGGGAGAGGUUACUGAAUCUGUCUUGAAAAUGAAAUGUGUUAUUUCAACCAGUCUGGUGUUUGGUAGACAGUUAAAGGCACUAUCCCUUAUAUAUGACAUAUUUUUCUUUACCUUUAAAUUUCAGCUGCGCAAAGCAUGCAUUGCAAUUUUUCAAGACUUGUCAAAAUGCUACAGCGUGUUUUUCCUUUAAACGUAACGCUAUUAAUUUCUGCCGCCCAUCCAGUCUUGCUGAAAUAGAGCCAUUUGGCAAGGCAAAACCCACUUCUUUUGUUGGAGGGGAGGGCAGGGAGGAAGCGUAGCUAUGAGGAAGGAGCCCUGUGCGUUUUCACACGGAGGAAAGCUGAAAGUGAACUGUGUGAAAUUCCGCGGAGUGGAUGUUUGGGGUCAGAACCUCGUGAGGUGCAACCCGAAACGCGUGGCCUCGUCGAGAGCAGUGGAGCUAUGCAAACUGGUAUGUGCUGACAUCUCGUCUUUUGUUUUAAAUGAGGGAAAGGUUUCCUAAUAUGGAUACACUUGGUUGACUAGGGCACCAAAGUAUUUAAGAGUUCCUGGUUACCUUUUACUUACCAGUUUGUUUAAUCCCUUGAUAGGAGCGAUCCAAAUAACUGCUAACGCUGAACAGUGUAAUGCAGCUGUGGUUUCUGUAAGGAAAUCCCAUGCCCAGCACCAGCAAAAUGCGUUGAGAGAGUGCUUGGUGGUUUGCAUCCCCGUUGCACUGGGACAAGCCAGCACCGGGGAGCGAGCCAGCGUAGCGCGUGGUAGGACAUGAGACUGGCUCCCCAGGCGCGACACCCCAGAAACAAGGAGGAGUUAAGUUUUCAAGAACCGCUGUCUGCGAGGGCCGGCGUGCUCCAGCGCCAGAGGCAGCGGUGCCCCCGCCUCGCUAGAGUGAUCCCGGCCCAGGCAGGGCCAGCGCGUAGCACAGAGGGCUUCUGCUCGAUUUGAUCCGUUUGGGCUGAAGUAGUGAAAGUUCCUGGGGAGCUGCAGGGAGAGGGAAAGAAUUCAAACCCUGACGAGAGCGAAGGCGCUCAAAGAUCACUGCAGGCGCUGAGAGAGUUUGCGUUUGUUCAGUCCUUUUAGCUGACUGCUUUUCGUUUCUGUGGCAUGAUGGAAGAUAACUGUGCUUCAUGACACGCUGCCUGAACAGCCUUGGUUUAAUCCCGUCUCACAGUUUUUUAAAAUCAAUGAAAGGAGGCCGUGGGGUUGGACUUUGGUAGAUGCUUUGGAAAUCCAUGCAUACGCGUUGGCAUUUUCCCACACCUGAAAUACUUGCUCAGGGCUUAAUUCAUGGGGAAAUAAUUUACACUGAUGUUCUAUGACUUCUCCAUGGAUUUUUUCUUAAGGGGGAUCAAGCUGAGUGUGAACAGUCAGAUAGCCAAUAGAUAGUAGUAAUGCAUUAGGUUUGAAGUGGAUGAAGCUAGGGAUUGCUUGUGAAAGUGAGGAUUAAGAGCGUGUAAGAGUCAGAUCUAUCCUGAUGCAAGCAGCUGGCUUUCUGCUUUCUUACAUGGCUUUGCACCUCUUCCCCUGGGGCUGAAUGAGGCUGUCAGAAGGACUGAACGGGUAUCGAGAUCGGCGCUUGUAGAGCUCCACUGAGAUGCUCUGGCGUGGCUGUCGAGCCAAAGUCAAGUCGCACGCUCGUGCGUCGCGGCAAGCUGGCACUUGCUUUUGCCACGCUAACCUCACACGUUGCAACCCCUGCUUGCCCCGUGGGCGGGAUAGCUGUCAAGCAUCAGAAGUUCUCAAGCAAUGUGCAGGCCUGCAAAUUAGGAGACCUUAAGUAUGGUCCACAGCUAUAAAAUGUGGGGCUCGGCCCCAGCCCUGAGGAAUAAGGAAAUAAUGGAUUGAAGUGUGUGUGCAUGUGUGUGUCUACAUUGAGAAAAUAUUAUUUUCCCAUGUCUUGCUUGUGUACGCCACCAGCAGACCAUGUGAAAGACGUUCGAGACGUCUCUGAGUUGAGCCCAAAAUAAUAACCAAGCUUUCCAAGAGGGAACGUUUGGGAAGCUGCUGUGUCUUCCGAACAUCUAAAUUGGUGACGUCGCUGCCAAAUGCCCUAGUCCUACUCGUGUACGUGAGUAACCUGACAUACGUAGGAGGGCCGGGGGAAGCCGGUAGGGCUGCUCGUGUGCGCAGGCUAGGCAGGCUGAUGCUUGUGUCAGACCAAGGUCUAAAUAACUUUCCUUUCAGCGCAGCAUUUGUCUUUAGUAUUUCACAGUGGCUGUUUCCAAAUAUGAAUUUAGGAACAGAAAAAAAAAAAAAAAACCUAAAUCCUUAAGCUACUGCUUGUGUGUGACUGUUUCUGUACCGUGGGUCUGUUCUAGGUUAGUGGAAUCAUUUACAGGAACUGCAGAAUUUCAGUUGUUUUUCUGAUUUCUGACUGCUUAAAUUGUUUGAACCCAGAGUCACAUACUGGAACAUUAGGAGAAUAAUCUUUAUGACGCAGCACAACUGCCUGCUUAUUCAUCCUUUUUUAAGCUGAUAUAUUUUAUUUAAAAGCUAAAAUAUCGAUACCAAUUUUACCAAAGAUACAUAUUACUAAUUCUCAGCAAAACAAAAACAACUUUAAAAAAAAUUUAAAUGUAGUUGUCUUAAAGAUUUAGCAGUCUCUCAAAUUCAUGCCUUUUGACAUCAAAUUCUGUGUUCCAAACUUUAUGUCAAAUGAUGCCAGUGAAUUUUUAUAUGAAGGGAAAAUGCCUAUUUGUUAAGCCACUGCAUUGCUUUUCUGCUUUUUUUUUUUUAAACAGAGCUGUAAUUCAGCUGUUUAGUUACCCCUUUGCUCUUUGUUGCCAUUCUAACAAUGUGAACUACAUUGGCUUUUCUUAUCAGAGGAGAAAGCAUGCAAAAAUAGAGAAGGACCUGUAAUGAAGAGAUUUGGCCUCUACUUUGUCCUAGCUGUUAAACUGUUUUUAGAGUUUUUGUUAACUAUUUGCAAAGGGAAGCAUUUUCUACAGAGGAUAAUUAAUUUCAAGAAAAAUGUCUUGAGUUUUAAGAAUAAACGUCUCCAAAAGAGGAGAUAGUCAAUUUUAUACAAUGUCACAACUCUCCAACAUUUGGGGUAGUGACUUUUUUGUUUUGUUAGAGCAUUUGAAACUAGCAAGCAGCCAUUGUUUCUAAAUACCUAAGCGUUCAUGUGUACUCAUAUUUUCUUUUCCUUCAUUUUUAAAUAGCGAAAUCAUUAAAACUGUAAAUAUUUUGUUGCUUGGAUAAGCAUCUUCUGGGAACUUUGUAUCUAUGGUAUAUAAUCAUAGAAUUUUAUAUUUUCAUAUAAAGCUAAUUUUUUUCUAGUUUCACCUCCUUCCUAGUUCUGUGGUGGCGAUGUGAAUACAUACCUUCUGUGUAUCAAGAUAGUGAGACACCAUCAGCACACUCCAAAAAGAUUUCCACACAUGUCAUUUCUUUGGGGCAGUGAUUGUGAAAGUUGGAUUUUCUUUGGAUUCCAUUGUCAGUGUGUGCAAUAGGAAUUAGACUUAGCCAGUCACUGGAUACGUUUGUCUCAUCGAUCCGUUUGGAAAAAAAAAAAAGUGGUGUUUGGUUUUGGGACUGGGUGGGAGGGAGUAUUUUGAGGGAGAAUUUUUUUUGUUUGUUUUGUUUCGUUUUUUUUUUUUUUUGUUUGGGGUUUUUUUGUAACUUGAAUCUUCUUUUUGUUAUGUUUAAAACUAUAUCAAAUCAUUCUAUUAUAGUGUUAUUUAAUAUGUAAAUUGUAUUGCUAUACAUAAAAUAAAGUAUGGUUUUUGAUGUA